AUGAUUGCAGGACGGGGCAGGCAGCGGAUAAGGCCCCCACGAAGGGGUCUACAUGGCGAUGAGAUUGAUUUCGAGAACACAUGGGGCACCAUCGAGGCGGCCUUUCGCGAAAUACAUACAAAAAAUGCAUCUAAGCUGUCAUACGAGGAGUUGUACCGCCACGCCUACCGUAUCGUCCUCAAGAAGAAGGGCGAAAAUCUAUACAAUAAGGUCCACGAAUUCGAGAGCAACUGGCUGAGCACCGAGGUCCGCAGCACUAUCCAGCAACUAAUAUCCCCAAACCUCCUCGUAAAUCCGCAGAGUAUAGGCGGAACCACGCCCAACGAGCGACGCGUCGCUGGCGAAAAGUUUCUAAAGGGACUGCGGCAGGCAUGGAGUGACCACCAAAUCUGCACAAGCAUGCUGGCAGACGUGCUCAUGUAUAUGGAUCGUGUCUAUUGUGCCGACCACCGCCGACCCUCUAUCUACAACGCUGCCAUGGUUCUGUUUCGCGACGAGAUUCUAAAUUCGCCAGUAUCUCCAUCCGACGCUCGCACUAUUCUCGGCCUGCUAAGUUACAUCAUCCUCGACCAGAUCCAGAUGGAACGCGAUGGCGAUGUCAUUGACAAGCAACUUAUCAAAUCCUGUGUAUGGAUGUUGGAAGGCUUGCAUGAGGCUGACAUAGAAUCCGAAGAACAACGAUUAUACAACACUUCAUUCGAGAAGGAGUACUUAGAGACAAGCAGCACUUUUUACCGGGGCGAAUCCGAAUUGUUGCUACGCGACUGCCAUGCGGGUGCAUAUUGCAAACAUGCGCGACGAAGAAUUUACGAGGAAGACGAGCGCUGCAAGCAGACAUUGCUAGAGAGCACUGGACCCAAGAUUCAGAAGGUAGUGGAGGACGAGUUGAUCAAAAACCGCAUACACGAGCUUGUCGAAAUGGAGAGUGGCGUGCGCUUCAUGAUUGACAAUCAUAGGCUUGAAGAGCUAAAUCUCAUCUACGAUCUGAACAGGCGUGUAGAUGACAAGAAGAUGGAAAUCACUCGCGCCAUUCAGCAGCGCAUCGUGGAUAUGGGUUCGGAUAUCAACAAGGAUGCAAUUGCCGCGUCGCAGGCGCCUGCUGUUGUGCCCGUCGCCGAUCCUGCUGACAAGGCCAAGGGCCCUGUACAAGAAAAGAGUCUGAACCAGCAGACAGUCGCUGCGAUCAAGUGGGUUGAGGAUGUCCUUGCACUCAAAGACAGGUUUGACAAAAUCUGGCGAGAGUCUUUUGAGUCCGAUCCAUUGUUACAGCAGGCGCAAACGCAGAGUUUCACUGACUUCAUCAACUCUCCAACCUUCCCACGCUCAUCAGAGUACAUCUCUCUCUUCAUCGACGAGAAUAUGAAAAAGGGUAUCAAGGGCAAGACCGAGUCUGAGAUCGACGCGGUUUUAGAAAAGGCCAUUAUACUACUGCGAUAUGUUCAAGACAAGGAUCUCUUCGAGCGCUACUACAAGAAGCAUCUAUGCCGACGAUUGUUGAUGAACAAGUCGAUCAGCAACGAAGUCGAAAAGCAGAUGAUUUCAAAGAUGAAGAUUGAGCUCGGCAACAACUUUACGCUGAAGCUAGAGGCCAUGUUCAAGGACAUGACCAUUUCCGAAGAGCUAACCGCUGGCUUCAAGAAACAUGUUGAAGGAUUGGGCGAUAAGGACCCAAAGCGAAUCGAGCUAUCCAUCAACGUGCUUACAAGCAUGACAUGGCCUCUUGAGACAAUGGGUGGCGCAGCUGCCGACGAAGAAGAUCAGCGGCCACGGUGCAAUUACCCUGCCGUUAUUGAUAAGCUCAGGCGUGGAUUUGAGAAGUUCUAUAGCCAGAAGCACUCUGGCCGACAACUUACCUGGCUAGCCAACAUGGGUUCGGCAGACAUCAAGGCUGUUUUCCCCAAAGUACCGCAAAAGGACGGCUCGUUCAAGGAGCGUCGUCACGAGCUUAACGUGUCAACAUACGGCAUGGUUAUCCUGCUCUUAUUCAACGAUCUCGCUCCAAAUCAACACAUCACUUUUGAGGAGAUCCAGGCACGGACCAACAUACCACCUAGUGACUUGAUCAGAAACCUUCAGUCGCUUGCUGUAGCGCCAAAGACGCGUAUUCUAGUAAAAGAGCCCAUGUCCAAGGACGUGAAGCCUACCGAUCGCUUCUUCUUCAACGAAGGCUUCCAAGGCAAGUUUGUCAAGAUCAAAGUUGGCGUCGUUAGUGGAGGAAACAAGGUUGAGAGUGAUCGCGAGCGGCGAGAAACAGAAAAGAAGAACGACGAUUCGCGAGGCUUCUGUAUCGAGGCUGCUGUUGUGCGAAUCAUGAAGCAACGCAAAGAGCUAUCGCAUCAACAACUCAUGUCAGAGACGCUCAGCCAACUGGUUGGGCAGUUCAAACCUGAGGUCAACAUGGUCAAGAAGCGUAUCGAGUCGCUUAUUGAACGUGAAUACCUUGAGCGCAUAGAGGGCGCACAGGUUGACUCGUAUAGGUAUUUGGCGUAA